ACAAAUGUAAUGGCCCACAUAGAUUCCGUGUUAAUGCGCAUGCGCUUCUACAGUUUCCUCUUCUCUGGAACUGACUGUAUUGAUACCAAGUGGUAUUAGUUUUUGUUUAACGAACUGUUUUUGCUCAUCAAGAGGAUUUCGGUGUCUUUUAUGAGUAAUCAAAGGCAGCAGAAGCCGACGCUAACAGGCCAGCGUUUCAAAACCCGAAAAAGAGAUGAAAAGGAGAGGUUUGACCCUACUCAGUUUCAGGAAAGCAUCAUACAAGGCCUGAAUCAAACUGGCACUGAUUUGGAAGCUGUUGCAAAGUUCCUUGAUGCCUCUGGUGCCAAACUUGACUACCGCCGCUAUGCUGAGACUUUAUUCGACAUCCUGGUGGCUGGUGGAAUGCUGGCCCCAGGGGGUACCCUGUCAGAUGACGUGACCUGCACUGAGUUCUGUCUCUUCAAAGCACAAGAGGACAUGGAGACAAUGCAGGCGUAUGCACAGGUCUUUAACAAGCUCAUCAGACGCUACAAAUACUUGGAGAAAGGGUUUGAGGAGGAGAUUAAAAAGCUGCUGCUGUUUCUCAAGGGCUUCACAGAGUCUGAGCGCAACAAGCUGGCCAUGCUAACAGGGAUUCUGCUGGCCAGCGGCAAUCUCUCUGCAUCAAUUCUUAGCAGCCUCUACAAUGAAAACCUUGUCAAAGAAGGUGUUUCGGCAUGCUUUGCUGUAAAACUCUUCAAAUCUUGGCUUUCUGAAAAGGACAUCAGCUCUGUUGCUGCCAGUCUCCGAAAGGUUGGCAUGGACAACAGGCUCUUGGAGCUGUUCCCUGCCAACAAGCGCAGUUGUGAGCACUUCUCGAAGUACUUCACAGAUGCUGGGCUCAAGGAGAUUUCUGACUUUGCCAGAAACCAGCAAUCCAUAGGUGCUCGCAAGGAGCUGCAGAAAGAGCUUCAGGAGCAGAUAUCACGUGGGGACCCCCUUAAAGAUAUCAUCACCUACAUUAGAGAGGAAAUCAAGAAGAACAACAUCUCUGAGCAGACGAUGAUUGGAAUAAUUUGGGCCAGUGUAAUGAGCUCCGUGGAGUGGAACAAGAAGGAGGAGCUGGUCACAGAACAAGCCAUCAAACUUUUAAAGCAAUACAGCCCACUGCUGAAGGCUUUUACCUCCCAGGGCCUCUCUGAACUUACUCUCCUGCUGAAGAUCCAGGAGUACUGUUACGAUAACAUCCACUUCAUGAAGGCCUUCCAAAAAAUUGUUGUUCUCCUCUACAAAGCCGAUGUGUUGAGCGAGGAGGCAAUUCUCAAGUGGUACAAUGAAGCCCACCUUGCCAAAGGGAAGAGCGUUUUUCUUGAGCAGAUGAAGAAGUUUGUUGAAUGGCUCAAGAACGCAGAGGAAGAGUCCGAGUCUGAGGAAGAGGAGACAGACUGAGGACCUCUAGCUAUAACUACCGUGUGGAUUUGUAUUUUUACAUUAACAUAACACCAGAUGCAGUAGAAGAAUUUAUUACAGAAUUUGUCUCUAUUUUUUUUUUCUUUUUCUAUUCCCUACCUCCUCAUACCUAGUUUAACUGUAAUGUAAGGGCUUUGAAAUUGCUUUUAUUUCCGACAUGUGUUCUGUCUGAAUCAAUACUAAUGCUCUUCUUUAUACUCCUUCAAGAGCCAGUCACAAUGCCACAUUGAGCUAAAUAGAUCAAAAACCCCCUCCGAGGGGACUUUUUGGAUAGAUGGUUCCCUUUAAAAUGAUCCAGUUUGGAGGCAUAUUUCUCAGCUGUUGUAUUUAGUCAUGGAACUCGUAUUUGCCGGAGGUCCAUCUGUGUAGCCAUGAUAUCAUUGUUCGCUGAAAGGCAAACUGUUUUUGUAACCUCAUUUCACAUCACUGCCAAUUAUGUGAUGAUUUUUGAUUUUUCUUUUUUUCUGCUACAUUUUGGAUUCUGUCUCCAUUAUUGACAUGGAGAUGUGCCGUUUCAAACAGCGAUGGUGAUGAUAGCAGCGUCCCGUAAAAUGAAUUUUAAUUUAUUCGUACAUUUUAAUGUAACAGAAUCAUGAUAGCUUUGUAGUUUUUUUUUUUCUUAUGCCAUACAGUUUGACUUUUUAAAAUAAAUGGAAAUUAAUGGUUUU